AUGACCACUAAUUCAUCUCUUUCCCCUCCUUCUCUCCCCCACCCUCCCGGCAAGGCGGGCGCUGGGCAGAGCUGGCUGCAGCUGCAGGGCCCCCGGCAGGAGCUGCAGAAAGCAAAGGACUACAUCAAGGGGCUCUGCAACCCGGAGUUGAGCGAGGAAGUCUGCUACCCUAAGGACAUGCAAUGCGUCUUCGUGGGAGCUCAAGGUCUCUUCCUGGACUGCCUCACUAAAGGGACCUCUGCCCACCUGGUCCUGCUCAACCCCGGCUCCCUGCUGGUCUCAGGCCUAGCCGAGGCCUUUGUGAUGGCUCAGAGCCGUAUCCAGGAGUUCGUGGAGAAGUACCAGAAGACGCCCCGGCUGCCCGAUGAGCAGGACGUGCUAGUGAAGAAGGCCUUCCGGGAGCUGGUGGAGUUCCAUGAUGACAAACACGCCAUGGACCUACUCAUCCUACCCACCCCGCUCAAGGAGGAGCUGCUCAACCUGGUGCGGGACAUCCAGGAGGAAGAUGGGGCCCGGGCACCGUGGAACGGUGCCUCAUGGUGGGAAGCCAAAGCAGCUGGUGGGGGUAGGCCUCAGGGACAAUCCCAGGACUUCUUUGACAUCAGUAGACCUCCAGACCGGACAAAGCUGGAGGGUGAGCGGCCAGCGCUUUAUGAGCGGUCAUCGAAACCGACCCCAGGUUGGGGCACUAGCCAGGAGGCUCAGGAAGACUCAACGUUGCCCCGCAGUCAGGAUGUGGCGAGAGGUGUGGAGGAAAGGGGACCAGAGGAGACCAGCCAGGAUGAAGAGGAGAAGGAACCAUCGGUCGGGGCCCUGUCGUCGUCAUGGACGGAGAAGGAGUUUCAGAUGAUGCUCAACUUCUUCAAGACCAUGGGUUACGAGGAGCGGGUGGUGAAGAAGGUACUGAAGGAUGGCGGUGUGCGAGAGACCCCCUCGCAGAUCCUGGACAGGGUCCAAAUGGAGCAGGCAUCCUUCUCCCGGCAGGAGCGUGGCCCUGUGCCCUUCCAGGAGCCCCGGGCAAGGGAGAUGUCGUCUCCUCCUCCUCCUCCUCCUCCUCCUCCUCCUUCUCUUCCGCCAUCACUGGAGAGCACCCAACAUGAAAACGAAUACCUGCUGGAGGUGAUCAAGGCAGCGGCAGCCAACUGUGGCCACUGCCCCAGCGAGAUCCCAGCAGAGCUCCAGACAGGGGCCCCCUUGGCCGGGUUGCUGAGGAAACUCAACGAGAAAGCCAACCGCCAAGAGGAGGCCAGGGUGGAGAAUGGGCCGGAGCACAGAGGCAGCCGCAGAGAGGGAGUGCCGGCCCUCUCCAAUGGCAAGGUGUAUCUCCAGGGUCCACCUCACUGUGAGCCAGAGAGGAAAGACGGGUCUUGUCUCCACAGGGCGGUUCGUGGCCCACCUCCCUUCUCAGAAAGCUCUGAUUUCCCCAUGGACGUGACCCCUGUGGCUUCGCCUGCAUGGGCAGCCGAGGAGAGCCAGCCAACUGUGGACAUGGACCCAGUGCCGACCGUGACUGGAGCCCAGCGGUUCAAGGAAGCCAUCCAGACACCCUUCAAGCUCAACUUGGCCAACACACCCGGGAAAAAGAACCUACGGAGGAUCAUUAUCGAUGGCAGCAACAUAGCCAUGGUGCACGGCUUACACCAGUUCUUCUCCUGCCGGGGCAUUGCCCUGGCUGUGCAGUAUUUCUGGGACCGGGGGCACCGGGAGGUGACAGUCUUCGUGCCGCAGUGGCGGAUGGGGAAGGCGGCCAGGGUGGAAGGUAAGAAGGGAGUUGGGCGGGCAGGGGGGACGGACCAUGGUCCUGCCUUUGCCGAUUGUGCCCCCAGCUCCAUACCUGGGGACUCGCCUUCAUGGUCUUGUGUGAUAUUGUACCUCUGCCACCCCAGGGCUUUUCACUACCCCUUCCCUGGGCUGGCCCGCCGAAGCCACCCACGUGCCACUCCUUCGCGGGGCGCGGGGUCCCCCUUCCCGCCCCCAGCCGGCCGGCGUCCCAGACAGAGGUGCUGCGGCUGCGGGCCCGGCCAGGAGGAGAAGGCAGAGGAGGCGGAGGCAGUACGGAUGCCGUGGGAGACAGAGCGGCUGAGGCAGGCCCUGCUGGCCAUCUGCAUGGGGCAGGAGCAGAAGGUGGAUUUUGUCCUGCACCGAGAACCGUGCAGCCGGGACCUCAACAAGCUCUCAGAAGCCCUGCUGAGCCUCAACUUCUGAGAUGUCCCUGUCGGCUAUUUCUGGCCCCUCCGGGGGUCCACCCUUCUCUUCUCAUCAGCAGGGAGCCGAUCCACCCAAAAUCCCAGCUGAACGUCGUGAGCCACGGAAUGCUAUUAACCUCCUACCUGGACCACCUCGUUAUGUGACCAUCUCCCAUGGCACAUGCCGAACCAGAGCAGAGCUGAGGAUUUUCAGGACCACAACUGAGGAGGACUGUCCCAUGUAACUCCCCCGGCUGGUAGCAGUAGCAAGCUGUUAUCCUGUCACGUGGACAAGGCUGCCAGAGGGCUUGACUGCACAGUCCUAACUAACGGAGCUGCGGGAGGAAGGCUGUCGGCUGGUAGCAGCAGUAGGUUGUUAGCCUGCAAACCAGCACAUUACGUGGUUUACCGAGUCACCGGCAGGGAUUGACGCCACCACCGUAAGUGCCAACAUCACAGAGAUGCAGAAGUACAUCUCAUGGUUGGGUAGCAGCAGUAGGCUGUUAUCUGCUUCUGUGGCCCACCCGCAUUGGUGGUGGGUUACCUCCUCUCAUCCCUCUUAGGUUGGGCCUGGUGGCUGAUCCAGGUGCCCCCACUUUGGACUUCACCAAACCUCAAAGGACAAUUCAUUGAAGGUGCCUUCUGGGACAGAAACACGCAACACCGUUCUCUGGUACCCAGAGGAGAUAUUGUUGCAGUCGUGGAGACUGGUAGAACUCACCUGAGCAUGGCUCGUCCCCCGUGAUGGAGAAGGGACCGGCCACGGUGUAUUUAUUCUGGAAAACUGACCGCAAUACCUAAAAGCUAUGACCAAAGACUCCCUGUAGAAGAAGUGUUGGUUCUCCAAGUCAACCAAGUUCUGGGGACUCCCUCCUGGUGGGCCUCCAAACCCAGCCACGCUGGAGGCCCAGAGCCGGGCUGACGGAGCAGGCGUGGGCAUGGUCACCAUCCGUCGUUGCAGUUGGUGGCGGGGAGAAGUUGACGAGAGAGCUGGAGGAAUCCAAGGUUGAGUUUCUACUUUUCCACCCCACUUCUGACUUCCUCACUCAAUGUCCCUUCCACUGUGCCAGCUUUAUCUACCCCUUGUAGGAGGCUGGUCAUCACAUCUUGCUGAUGCAUGGAGAUCUUCCAUUCUAGGGGCCGUCACUCCGGGCUUCCCUGCUGGUCUGUGUUCUGAGCCCACCGUAUGGGGAUACUUUUCCAAGUCCAUGCCCUGUUCCCUCCAGAUCUAUCUCUGCCUGGCUCCGGUGUCGUCAAAGCUCCAAGCGCCUCUGAGCAACAGGCCCGCCGUGGACCUUAAAACACAAAUUGUUACGGCGGGCGCUCAAAGUCAGCUUGGUUGUAAGAGGUACAACAUCUUGGUGGAGUUUCUCUCCUGGCUUUGGCCACCGUGCUCGCCUGUCUCCUUCCUCUGGCCCACAGCCAGGCCUAAAAUCCCGGUCAACACCCUCGUCUUUGCUCCACCCGCCUUUCCUAGAGUCCCACUUCCUUUCAAGAAAGAGGUGGAGAAAUUGGAGAGGGUCGAGAGAAGAGCAACAAGAAUGAUGAAAGGUCUAGAGAACAUGAGCUAUGAGGGAAGGCUGAAAGAAUUGGUCUUGUUUAGUUUAGAAGAUUGAGAGGGGGACAUGAGAGUCAUUUUCAGGUAUCGAAAAGGGUGUCACAAGGAGGAGGGAGAAAACUCGUUCAUCUUGGCCUCUGAGGAUAGAACAAGAAGCAAGGGGCUUAAACUGCAGCAAGGGAGGU